AUGGGCAAGAGUGGAUCUGGAAAAACGUCUAUGCGUUCUAUUAUCUUUAGCAAUUAUAUAGCCCGAGAUACGCGAAGACUAGGAGCUACAAUCGAUGUUGAACAUUCAAAUGUCAAGUUUUUGGGGAAUUUGGUACUUAACUUAUGGGACUGUGGAGGACAAGAAGCGUUUAUGGAAAAUUACUUUGCCUCACAAAGAGAUAGAAUCUUCAAAAAUGUUGAAGUGUUGAUUUAUGUAUUCGACGUGGAGAGUAGGGAUUGGGAAAAGGAUCUACAUUAUUAUCAGUCUUGCCUAGAAGCCAUUCAAACCAACUCGAAAGAAGCGAGGAUAUUCUGUUUAAUACACAAAAUGGACUUAGUACCAGAGCAUCAAAGGGAUCAAGUGUUUGAACAAAGAGUAUUAGAAUUACAGCGACGAUCGGAACCACUAUCGAUACAAGCAUUUAGUACAUCAAUAUGGGAUGAAACUCUGUAUGCUGCUUGGUCAAAGAUUAUUCAUUGCUUAAUACCCAAUAUUCGCGUACUAGAAUCACAUUUGAGUCAAUUCUGUCGUAUAUGUGAUUCCGAUGAAGUAGUUUUAUUCGAGAGAACAACAUUUUUAGUGAUUGCUACAGCCGCUACAGUACCACAUCAGGAUCAUCAUAGGUUCGAAAAGAUCAGCAAUAUCAUUAAGCAAUUCAAUCUGGGGUGCAGUCGCUCACAGACAAGGUUCAAAAGUAUGGAAAUAAGAGGAAGUAGUUUUACAGCGUUUGUCGACGUCCUGACAAAUAAUACAUAUAUCAUGGUGGUUAUGUCAGACCCAAACAUACAAUCAGCGGCCACUUUAUUGAAUAUAGCAGCAGCUAAAAAGCAUUUUGAAAAGCUUGAGGUUCAGAAAUAA